AUGGGGUCCACGAUUGGCGGUGGUUACAAAGAUGGAUGUGUUGGGGUUGUUUUGCGUCUAAUGGAAAUUUGUGUUUCAUCCGUGGUGAACUGCGCAGAGAACCCGCUGGGUAUGGAGUCAUCGCUGAUAACAGACGCUAUGAUAUCGGCAUCUUCUAGUGACUCGACGGGCCCGGCGGCCAACGCUCGUCUUCACCAUGCCUCCGCCGGCUGGAAACCCAAGUCGUAUGAUUCCGAUCCCUGGAUCCAAGUCUCCUUCACAGAAGGAGCCUGGCUGACCAGGCUUAGCACCCAGGCUGCAGAUUCGCCGGCCCCGCCCCCAGAAGGGACUCUUUUCGAUUUCCAUCUUCUUGUUAGGGGCGACGACAUGGCAUGGAUUAGAUACCCAAUAGUUCUCUCGGCCAAUUACACUGAGGUAGGGGAAAUCGUGAAGUUUGACUUUGAGCCAUCGCUGCGUGUGAUAGACGUGCGCCUCGUCAUCGUGAGAAACCCUCUAAUUGGAUUGCGUAUGGAGCUCUACGGAUGCUACGAACAGCCCAGCACUGAGUGUGCCAUGGCUACGGACUGUAAUGCAACCAGUUUAUGCGAUAAUGGACAUUGCGCAUGUGCAGUCACGGUGUCGGCUGUAUUGUCAGAUAGACUACCUUCGUGUAUGGAAUGCUGGUCCCCGCUUGGUCUGGAGUCCGGAGAGAUCCAAGAUUGUCAAAUUUCCGCCUCCACCUCUCGCGCCACUGGGCCACACACGAACGCACGGCUUGGUAACCCUGGGGCAUGGUCCCCUGAAGAUUCUGACCCGGCCCCGUGGUUAAUGGUACAGUUUAACCAGACCACAAAAGUAACAGGCAUGAGCACACAUGGUGAAGUUAUCUAUAUCCUGGGGUUUCCUGAUCGUGAUUUUAUCAGAACAGCAACAGUUGAGUAUGGUGGCCUCGCUACCAUCUUCACGAUUCAGGAAAAUGGCGAACAAAAGGUUUUCACCUUGAACUCGGACGAAACAGAAAUCGUGACAAAUAUUUUCCCGUAUCCCGUGGAAACAGACUUCAUAAAAAUAGUGGUUGUUUAUCCUCAAGCUUCAAAAAUUGGAUUACGUCUUGAACUACUUGGCUGUAAUUUACAGGCCACUUGUAUACUCACAUCAGGUAAUUGUGCAGUGGAUAGUGAUUGUCGCCAAGGCCCGGUGUACGACUGUGUCGAGCAGAGUUGUGUACCUGUGAACACAACCACCGAAAGGUGGUUGACAUCGGCUGCAACCUCUGCCCAACCGACCACUGAAAUGUCGCAAACUACCGAGAAGACGACGACCAAUCCUACCACGACGGAGACACAGACAACAACGGUGGCACUGACAACGACAGAAGAGCUGUCCACAGCCAGAGUAACCACGGAUGAACCAACCACAGAACAACGCACUACAACGGAAGCCAAAACAACUGCAAAGCCGUCCACUGAAGCAUCGACAACUUCUGAAACAACAACUGUAGCAUCGACAACUUCAGGAACAACCACUGCAGCGCCCACAACUUCUGAAACAACCACUGCAGCACCCACAACCUCUCAACAAACGACUGUUCCUUCAACGGCUCACUACACUACUUUGUUGAUGACAUCAUCUGUUGAAAUUCCGGGCCUUUACAGCACCAAGGCGCCUGUGUGUUUACCAGUUGAAGCUGUGAUAGCCACGGAAUUAACAUUUUCUGAUGGAGUUUAUAGCGAGACUGGUCCCGGACAAUCUCAAGAGUUUCUGGAUGCUUUAAGACUGGAAGCGGACUCACAAGGACUAAGCGAACAGGAUACUGCCUUUCUGUGCAACUCCCUCUCUGGGAGCAGCACUGGUAUCUCCACAGUAGUGUCCGAAGUCGGUCUGAAAGUCCUCCUGAAAGUCACCGCCAACAGGACCGAGAGUAUCCCGUCCACAGAUUUAAUCGCCUCCGUUAACUUCCUAGACUCUGUUGCCAACUCAGACUGGGACUCGAGUGACGCUGGCAGCUCCCAAGUUGCGCUAGAGAGAAUGGUGAAUGUUGGGAGCAACCUGCUGGACACUGGUAAUGAAGACUCUUGGAAGGAGGCGGAAGUGGACGAACAAGUUUCAGGACCGAUCCAAAUUAUCAACUCUUUGGAGAAAAUGGCCUUGAAAGUAGGGACGAAACUUAACAAGAAGUCUUCAGUUGAAGUAGUCUCAGAAAAUAUCGGCCUUAACCUGUACGACAUUUCUCCGGACGAUCUCCUUCUGUCUGGGUGGAACUGGACGAGCAAGGACGCCAAAUUCGCAGCUGCAAUCGCGGCCCAAGAAUUUCAAGAGAAGAACUUUUCCGCUUACGAGAGGGCUCUUCUUGUCGGUGGAGUGUUUAGAAAUAUCGCCGUUAUGUCACCGAAGGACAUCCCCGACGAUGACAUGGCCAUGACACCGGAGAGAGGACAGCGACUUCAGAACGACAUCGUGACUGUCAUGGCAUCCAGCAGCGACCAAAUAUCAAUGUCAGUGUCAUAUUCGACCCCAAAAGAUGUGGGAGAUGUAGUUAUCGAGGAACACGAGCGGCCACAAUUCACUUGUGUGUUUUGGGAGUUUAAUAAAAGUAGUUCUACACCAGGCAGUGGCAGGUGGUCCGAUUUUGGCUGCUACACUGUGGAAUCAGACAAGGAAACGGAAGAUGCAGUGUCUUGUUUCUGCAACCACACAACAAAUUUUGCAGUCCUGAUGCAAGUGGUUGACAAACCUGUGACUUCUGAUUCUGACAUCCAUGGCAAUAUUUUGCUGGUUCUGACCUACACCUGCUCGACUAUCUCCAUUGUGUCUCUCGUCAUUGCACUGGUGGUGUUCUUUUACCUUGGGUCCUCAUUGGCGUCAGAGCGCCUAACCAUUCAUAAGAACUUAAUGUCGGCACUGCUAUUGGCAAUGGUGCUGUUCCUGUUGGGCGUGGCAUCAAACCUUGAAUUGAUUCCGUGUAAGAUCGUGGCCAUAAGUCUUCACUACCUGUUCCUGGCCGUGUUCUGUUGGAUCCUGGUGGAAGGAGUCCAUCUGUACCGUCAAGUCAUUGCCGUCUUUGAGCAAGGAGGGAGCAAACUGCCUUUGUAUUACGUGGUAGGAUGGGGUGUUCCCGCCCUGGUGGUUGGGGUUUCCCUUGGCAUCAAAUACAAACUGUAUGGAGCUGGAGCACACUGCUGGUUGACCGCCCAAGAUGGGUUGAUUUGGGCCUUUGUCGGGCCUGUCAUUCUCAUUAUCACGGUGAACAUGAUGGUUCUUGUCAUGGUGGUGGUGGUUGUCACACGUGCUGCCGCCCUCAAGUGUCAGACUAAUUUGGACCGUAUCAGGGCCGCCUGUAAGAGCGCGUUGAUGUUGGUACCCCUGCUUGGUAUCUCGUGGAUCAUUGGACUGUUCACUCAAUACAGCAUCGUCCUGGAAUAUGCAUUUGUCAUCUUGAACGGCUUGCAGGGUUUCUUCAUGUUCGUCUUUUACUGCCUUCUGAGUUCCGAGGUUCGCACUGCUCUGCGCCACGAAAUGAAGAAACGGGCCGACCGCAACAUGGACAGUAGUGGCAAUGUUGGGAAAACCAAUGUGUGGACUCUGAGCAGCAAUAAGACUUCCCAUAUUAGGCUGGUGAAGGUCGCUCCCAGCACCCACAACUCUGACGACGCUUAGGUUCUGCCAAUAGCUAAAUCAGUAUCAGUUUCGGAUUAAGUAUAUCUUUACAGAACUUCAGUUUACGUCCAGGGUCAAGUUUUAUGUGGUACAAUAUUUAAAAUUGCAAAAUUGCAAAUAAUUUUUUAUUGAUAGCAACCCAUAAAAAUUACUUAAAUAACCUGGGAUUCACGUCUGUUUUUAACUACACCAUGGCGUCGUUACAUCGCCCUGAUUCCUCUUAAAAAACAUAUUCGCCCUGGCUGUACAGACAGAUCUUUAAGAUGAUUGCCUAUAAAGAGCAGGUUCGGUCAACGAUUUUUAGUGGUGAACUCGUGACGAACCUUGCGCACACGUGUUAAAACAAAGUUAGAAGCUGUCUAGUCCAGAUAUACACCAUGUGCCCUGUGACGUCAUGCCGACAGGCAACCGCCGAGGAACCCAAACAUUUAAGCAUCUUUUGCAUGUUAUUUGGCCCACAUAAUAAGCCAGUUCGGUAUCUCGAUGACGUAGCCCAAGUAAAAGGCCAUUUGGGAUAAAAUCGCUGACGUGAUGAUACGCGCUGUUACGUGGAAGCCCAUUCUCCGAGCGCGUUCUUUACGCCUUCGAUUAUCCCGAAUGACCCGUGACACAUAUCAUUGUGUGCAUGCGUAGUUGAAAUAUUGAACUGGCUUAUUGCAGGUGAUAUACACAGUGCAGAAGAGAACCGUUUGCUGAAAUUUGGCAUCACGUGACGACAACAUCCAAGUUCGUAAACAAGUGCCACAUAUAUGGUCAAACGGCAUUUCGAAACCUCAAUGCAGUUGGCUCCCUGCUGUACAUUACAAUGCGCACGGCUAUUGGUAACCAGUGAUACAGACAUUCAAACUACUGUUUUCUGUGGUGAAUUUUGAUCGACUCGCUUAAUUGUGUUAAAUGAAACAAGUCGAUGCACGGUAGCACUUAUGUUAUAAAAUGUUCUUUGUAUAAAACACACAAUUGUAUUUUUUUGUAAGAAGUACAAAAGAGAAAUCUGUGGCGUACAUUUCCACAUCGGAGCAUUGAAAAGUAACCUUUUUUACCCAAAUUGAAUGAACAUUUAAAAUUAAUAUGUAAUUGAAGUACAUGUAUUUGUGUUUAUGAAAAACAGUUUUACACAUUAUUAUUAUUAUAAUUAUAAGCAUUAUUUAUUUCUGGAGAUGACACAAGGAUUCCUCAAAUGCUCCCUGGGCACUGUUGCUCGCAAGCCAUUUGUAGGGAGGAGACGAUAAUCGUUUGCUAGGGUGAAGUUUUAGGACCUUAUCUUGGUUGCUUCGCGGUUGUAAGUUGUGCAAAUCGGUUGAAUGACAGGUUUGGAAUCGGGAAGUCUAUUCUAGAGGACUUGAAUGCAAUGAAUGAGCAUUGUUCAAUCAACUGUAAAUAUGAAUCGGUUAUUUAUCUAUCAAAAUUUAGUUGUUUAUUUAGGUAGCUUAACAUGAUCACUAUAUUUGACUGAUAACUUGUAUUUUGUUCUAGUUACCCAUGUACAAUGUAAAAAUAAAUGUCAGUUUAAUUAA